GCCAACAGCAUCUCGUCCUCGCGCUCUGAGAUGCACCUCGUGAAGUGGAGAAUAAUGAUUACUGACUUCCUCUCCCGCGGACCUCCGAGAAGCCGAGAAUGGAGGACCACGCGUACGCGCUGCGCGGAGCUGGUGGAGACUACGAUGGAGCUCCUGGCCUCCCUACGGCCAUCAGACGUGCGCCGGCGCCGACUCCGACACCCAGACAUCCGACUCCGAUUCCGCCAGCUCCGCCAGAUCAUCCGACUCCGCCAGAGACUGGCCCGCAGCUGUGGAACGUCUUGAAGCAGCUCCGGCCCCAGCCCCCCAGAAACCAGAAGAGUCCACCAGGAGGAGCAGGAAGAGGAGGAGCCCGACUGCCCGGCAGGACUGAUAAAGUUCCAGACAGCCUUCCCUCGCACCUGGCGGUUGGCGUGGUUCUACUUUUUUAUUUAGGUAUCGAUUGCUGUGACACAGAAGAGUCUACCAGGAUCUCCUUAACGACGACGAAGAAGAUGACGAGGGAGGACCACAUGAGAAGGAUGAAGGACGACAGGACCAGAUGCAGAGCGGCGGUUGUCUUUCUUUUAGUGGGCGGCAGGACUCCUCUGUCUCUCUCCCAGCUGAGGGUGGACGUCAACCAACCCGUCACCCUCAGCAGACCACUGAACAAGUACAAUCAGGACCCCCCCCCCCCCGCCGCCCGUCCACCCAGCCCCCUGACACCGCCCGCCCCGCCCACACAGGAAGCAGCUGUGAAGAAGACGGACGCUUCAGCCUGAACGAGACAUAAUAAUUCUUUCAUUUGUCACAUGGAAUACUGUACGUUCAUGUUAACAGUGUACAGUAUUUAGAUUAUCUCCUGAUUUUAAUAAAUACAUGUACAGUAACAUCUAAA